ACCAAAAAUGCCAUGAAGGGAUCACGUCCAUCCACGCCCCUACCAAGCAUCAUCCUCACCCUGCCCGAGGCACAACAAAGAUCCAGGAGGUUAAGCAAGCAAGAGAAUGACAGGCCUAAAAGCGUAAUAAAGGUCAAGGACAAUAUGACAAAAGUCCCUAGUCUACCUAAUAUUCGGUCUCAUUAUAUGGCACCCAGCUUUUCCUCCUACAGAAGAGACUCCACUGGCCGGCCUACGACUCCCAAAAUUCACAGACGCAGACUAUCGAACGCGUCACAAAAUCCGAACAGGCAAAAAUCAAAGCCCGUCAUCUCUACACUCAGAAGAACAGCAACAAGUCAACCCAAGCGACACGGAACCACGUCAGCCGAUGCGCCCAACGCAGCGAAUCGCCAACGCUUCACGAAAAGCUCAAGAGCUUCCUCGCGCCAAAGGAUUCCCGACCAAGUUAAUCCUGAGCCACAAGUUCCUGAGAGUGACGAUUCUCCUCAUAAUCGCCUGCGCUCGGCCACAAGCGCAGUGACUGCGGCCUACAUACAAAACUUGCGAAAGGAGCGGCAGGACAAGUACGCUCAGCUGCUGGCGUCGGCGACCGGGCGAGCGAACACCCCGCGUCCUGGAGGUCGACUUGAGGACGACCUUCCUCCACUGUCCCUGGGUGAGCAGGCAAAGACACCAACAUUCUCAAGGAGCAUUUCAAAAGCAAGCUUGGAGCAAGAGUAUCCUGGCAGGAGUCAGGACUUUGCACUGGUUCAUGGCGAGUAUGUACACUGAAAGUUUGUUCUUCUAAAGCAAUCUUAACCACAGACUAAAUACUGUAUAGCUGAUCAUAAAAUUAUAUAUUAUAUACAGAAUCUAAUGAAAAGAAGUAUUCCAAGUGAAAAUUCAUUCAUAUUGUUAAUAUUUCCUUCAUUUACAUGCAAUCAGUUAUUUCAACCU